UGCCACGGAGAGACGGAACGACCGAUUUCGCAUUUUUUAUUUUAAAAUUGCUGACUCACGAAGACAUACUUUUUAACAGAAAGCAACUUGGGUUUUUCUUGCUCGAACAAGGAAUAUAUUAUAAAAUGUGUAUCGACACCCUUUUGUCCCGUCGGUCUACCCCUCGGUCCGCGCUUUCUCUACGACAUAGUUUCGUUAGAAAAUUGCUGACAAAAUGAAUUAAAAUAAACCACGAGCGAGUCCUUCCGCUUAGAAAGUUUAAUUAAAUCGGCGUUUACGGUGCAGCGUAAGAGAGAUAAUAAAUCACGCGCAUCCCUUGCGACCAACUUGUUUCAAUUAUUCGCUCGGCGAUCUGUCUCUCGCGCGUCUUGAAAUAAUAAUACGCGCAACGUUGGCAAUUAUUUUUGGUAGAUCGAGCAUUUCCGUCCAGAGCUCGGAAAUUCGUACGAAGUCGCUCGCAUCCCUUUCGUUCGAAUAGCCUGCGGGUCGACGCGUUCGAGCUUCGCGCAUCUAUAAUUAUGCAUCGGGACUACGUCGACUGGCGUCGACGUUUGGACGUCAGAAAUCGUGUCAAGGUCGAACGAUCGAAAAGCGGUACGAACACUGGUUCGCGGAUUUAGAAGCGUCGAAGAAUCCGUUAAAAAAAGGACGCGAUCGAUCGCUCGGAACAAUGUUUUUUGUUCUCGAGCCGGACCAUUCCAUGGUCCAGGAAGAACGAAACGCGUGGACACGCACCGUUCGUCGAAAGCGCGCCGUCCAAAAGCCGAAAUUCGGCGUAAAAAGGCGAAAGGCGAGAGGCGAGGAUGUCAGCCGUCACCCAGUGACCCUACCGUGUCUAGCGGUGCCAGGUACAGCUUAUAGAUUGGCUGGCGUGCCCCGUGCAGUUGCUGUACUUCGGGAACGUAGUUCCACCUGUGUGCCACGUUCGGUCGGUCUGCAGGGGUCUCGAGGGCUGUAUCGAGGGAGUCGAUCACGGUUAGCCGCGCACCGAAGUACUCCCGGGUCCGUUGGAUAUAGCGUCGAAAAAUGGGAAAACCCUGGUCCUCGAGGAUACCCGAAAACACUCGUCCGAGGAGAUCGCACUCGGGUGUCGGUUGAUAAGAGUCGGCCGUGUCGGUUCGUAGAGAGAAGAGUCGUCUCGCGAGUGGACGAGGCCGGGAAAACGAGCGAGAGAAGAGCACGGAGACGGGGAGGAAGGGAAACACCGUUCGAGGACGCGGAGGAACCGGUGUCGCGGAGGGGGAUGUCUGAAUGGGCGGUGUCUGCUCCUGUCGAGGACGCGACAGCCAGGUCAACGCCGGCUCGAUCCUUGACCGUGUGAUCAGCCAAGCGAGCAACGAAGACCAAUGUCUGCUGUACCGGCUGGCCAAUUACAAGAAGAGCGGCGAGCUGAUCGAGUCGUACAAUCUGGGCGGGCAGACCGAGGUCGAGAAGCUGAUCAGGGAUCAGUUCGGCGUGCUGAUGUACGCCGACGGGAAGGGUCAGGCGAUCAACCGCGCCGAGUACCUGCGCUGGAAAUUUCGGGACAUCGAGCAGGUCGUGCUGCCGAUAGAGGCCUCCCUGUCGAGGUUCGACCCGCUGGCUCGAUGGAACGAUCACGAGGCGUGCUGGCAGAUGCAGUACAGGGGCUCCCUCGGAGAGACUCUCCUGCACGUGCUGAUCAUAUGCGACACGAGGACGCACACGCGGAUCGCUCGGAUCCUGCUCAAGUGCUUCCCGCAAUUGGCGAUCGACGUCGUCGAGGGCGAGGAAUACCUCGGCGCCAGCGCCCUCCAUCUCGCCAUCGCGUACAACAACAACGAGCUCGUCCAGGACCUGGUCGAGGCCGGCGCGAUCAUCUCGCAGCGAGCCAUCGGCAGCUUCUUCCUGCCCAGGGAUCAGCAAAGAAUGCGUCCCGCGAAGACCACCGAUUACGAGGGACUGGCUUACUUGGGCGAGUACCCUCUCGCCUGGGCCGCCUGUUGCGCCAACGAGAGCGUUUAUAACCUGCUGCUCGACUCCGGCGCCGAUCCCGACGAGCAGGACUCGUUCGGCAACAUGAUCCUUCACAUGGUGGUGGUUUGCGACAAGUUGGACAUGUUUGGGUAUGCGCUGCGUCAUCCGAAGCUUCCCGCUCGCAAUGGGAUUGCGAAUGCUGCCGGGCUGACCCCGUUGACGCUCGCUUGCCAGCUGGGCCGUGCAGAGGUCUUUCGGGAGAUGUUGGAGCUGUCUGCACGGGAAUUCUGGCGCUACAGUAAUAUCACCUGCUCGGCGUACCCCCUCAAUGCACUCGACACGCUGUUACCCGACGGCAGAACAAACUGGAACUCCGCGCUAUUUAUCAUUCUCAACGGUACGAAGGAGGAGCACUUGAACAUGCUGGACGGUGGUAUUAUUCAGCGAUUACUUGAGGAAAAAUGGAAGACCUUCGCGCGGUUGCAGUUUCUGAAGAGACUGAUCAUCCUAAUGUUCCACCUGGUCUCAUUGUCGCUGGCGGUGUACACGAGGCCCAACAAUAUGGCCACCAUUGUCCUGAAAUGGCCGGAAGAAAUAACGGAGGCUGUUCGUACAAUAUCGGAGUGCAUCACCAUCGUAGGCGUGCUGGGCUACAUUCUGGUGCAACUCGGCGGCGAGAUCAUCAACAUCGGCCUGCUGUCGUUUCUGAAACAGUUGAGCCACGAGCCAGCCAAGCUGAUAUUCGUGAUCAGCAACCUGCUGAUACUCUCGUGCAUUCCGUGCCGUCUUGCCGGCAACAGAGACCUAGAAGAUGCGAUACUCGUAGUCGCUGUCCCCUGUUCAUGGUUCCUCCUCAUGUUUUUUGCCGGCGCUAUCCGGCUAACCGGUCCAUUCAUAACGAUGGUCUACAGCAUGAUAACCGGGGAUAUGUUGACCUUCGGGAUAAUAUACAUGGUGGUGCUGUUCGGGUUUUGCCAGUCCUUCUACUUUUUAUACAAAGGCUUCCCGGGCGUGAAAUCAUCGCUCUAUAACUCCUAUCACUCCACCUGGAUGGCACUGUUUCAGAUAACCCUCGGCGAUUAUAACUACGCGGACCUCGGCUACACCACUUACCCUAAUUUGGCGAAGACGGUGUUCGCCAUAUUCAUGGUGCUCGUGCCCAUACUGCUGCUGAACAUGCUGAUCGCCAUGAUGGGCAACACUUACGCGCACGUUAUCGAGCAAAGCGAGAAAGAAUGGGUGAAACAGUGGGCGAAAAUUGUAGUCUCUCUGGAGCGAGCGGUGUCGCAGAAAGACGCUCAGAACUAUUUGCAAGAGUACAGUAUCAAAUUAGGACCCGGAGACGACCCUAACAAUCCUGCCUCCGAGCAACGCGGCGUGCUGGUUAUUAAAUGCAAAUCAAAGACGAAAGCGAAACAACGGAAGGGUGCUGUGGCCAACUGGAAGCGCGUUGGCAAGGUUACGAUAACCGAGCUGCGGAAACGUGGCAUGACCGGAGAAGAACUGCGAAGAAUUAUGUGGGGACGAGCAUCGUUUUCUACGCCUGUCAGAGUAAGUCCGACCGUGGAUCAGCCGCAAGUAUCGGCGGUGACCGCGGGUUUUGGCGGUGCUUUGACUACGGCCUUGGAUAUGAUGGCGUUCGCUCACGAUAUCGACUUGUCCACUGCCACGGAAGGCAUUCCGACCAACGUUGACGCGAAGCACGCGAAGCCGAAGAUUUCAGCCGACGAGCAGAGUGCUCCGUCGAACAAACAAGAGCAAUUAGCGGCGCAGCCUGCGGAAGAACAAGCCGCUGUUACCGCGAGCCAUCAGCAACACGCUCCGAGCGAUUUCAACAAAAAACCGGCCACGCCUGCGACCGUCCAGGAUGGGGACCGCGCCGAUGCCAGUCAUGCAAUCGUCGACGAGAUUCAGGAUCCGCUUCUGGAACUUGUAAUCGCCGCCGAAAAUAUGUCCGAUCAUGAAACACUGACGAAGAUAGCCCGUCGUGCUGCGGAGAGCGUGGCCGUUCCAACGGAUCCCAAAAUAAAUCUGCAAAUCUUGGAACAAUUUACGAUGAUCAAGAUGCCCGAGGAGGAACCGGUCCCCGUCGCCAAGAAGCAAUACUUUAUCGAAUCCAGCGAUAACGAUUUCGGCGGAGACGCUCUGCUGGGUACGGAGGCGCGGUUACGCAGAAUAAGAUCGGCGAACAACAGAUUUAUCACGACACGGAGACAUUCGCGGCACGAGAACGGUGAUCCGUCAUCGUCGUCGUCUUCCACAUCCGUCGACGGAAAUCCUCGAUGCCCGGCGCCGCUGUUCACCGAUCCCGAACAGAAGCUGACGAACCGUCAAAUCGAAGGCAUCGACGGACCCGUUCGAUUAAUUAAGGCGGACGUAAAACGGAACGGCGAAUGCGACUCGUCGAAGAACAAAGCGCAGAAACGCCGGCCGAAAACGGCGCGGAACAGGGUAUCGCCGAAGGAAUCGGAGGAGCCUGCACAGAGGAGAAGAGAAUCGAUCGAGCGGAAUAAGGCGGUUUCGCCGGCGACGUCUCCCACGGAUCCGCUCGAGCCAUGGAGCACACGCGACAUCAAGGACAUGAAUACGAUACUGGCUUGGGAAGAAAAUCUGCCGGAAAGUCCUUAGCGAGGCUUUUUAUCGUGGUAAACGCGAGCGCGACCCCGGAUCCUCGCUUUUUCGACCAACCGACCGACGAAAACGCGGCGGUUCCUCUUCCCGAACCUGGCACCUGCCGCCCGAUACGUGCCGAGGGACGAUCUAGAUCUAGGAGUGCUCGCGCGGAGGGAAUACGAGGUGUUCUUGGAGGAUUCGGCAGGUAUCUGAAAGCGGAUAAGCAUUUUUUAGCAUCUUUUGGGAAAAUCGCUGCUCGGUGUAGUCGAUUUGCCCCGGAACGUGGAUGAAGUUCGUACUUUCGCUCGCCGUACGCGAUUUUUAUUUCAAAUAUCGUAAAUCGGUCGAAGAGGUUUUCUAUCGGACAGAAUAUGAUUUUCUCGUCGCUUGUUUACCAGGAUAAAGAAAACCGCCCUUGCAAAAUAACCGAGGGGAGCGUGAAAUUUUUCUGGCAACGAAACAUUUUCUGACAAAAUUUUUAACACGCUCCAUUAUACAUUAUUUUCUUUUUGGUUUAAUCUUGCGGCAACGAAUGUUGCAAUCGGCAAAGGGGAAUUUUCUCUAAAUUAAAAGUUUAAAAAACGAGCUGUAACAAGUAAAAAAUCCUACGCACAGAUCCGUACCGUAAUCGCGACGGUGCGUAGGUAUGAUUUUUAAAAAGCGUCGAGUUUUAUGGAAAUCAUUUAUUUUUAUAAACGGAAGCUAAUAUUUCACCGAAAAGUUAUUUGGAAGAAUGACAAAAAAAUUGAAACAUUUUGUAAAAACUGUUUCGCCGUGUUACCGAGCAGAGAUGAAAAUUCAACGAAUUCGUGGUCUUUUAUAAAUGUAGGAUUUCUAGAACGAAAUUCCGUAAUUCGCAGAUUAUUUAAAUGGAUCGUUUUAGCUAAAGCUGAUCUUGUCGAAUUGCGAUCGAGUUACUCGACUCGAGCGAGACAAAUUUAGCGAAAUAUAGAGUAUUUUUGUCCGCGGAUAUUACCGGUAGCAAAUACGCUCUCUCCAAAACCAGCUAAUGAUCAAUUACGGCAACCGAUGAUCAUUUAUGGCCGACCGAAUCGCUAUUAUCGCGAUGCUGGUUACUUUCGAUCGAAACGCGUUUGUUCCAUCAAUUACGUAUACAGUUCCAUUUGAACAUUUUAAUGAAAUCAAUUAAUGGAAAUUUCUCGUUUCUAAAAGUUUCAAAUCCCGCACAAUCGUAGACAUUAUCGACGAAAGAGAUUCGAAUAACGAAUAAAUCGAGCGACGACUACGAUCGAAUACGAUAAGAACGUAUCGACGAUCGCCGAAUACUCCAGAACACCUCGUAAAAUAUUUGUCCCGAUGAGAAAUAAACGUUGCGAAAUUAUUUCAGCGGUUAAAUUACACGACGCGAAACGGUUUCGUAUUUAAGCGAUUAAAAUGUUCGUCGCGCAUACGGUGGAUAUUGGGUUAAUUUUGAUACGUCGUCGAACACGUUUCACUUUUGUAUCGAGAACGCUUCCGAGCAUGUUUCUCGCGACGAUCGACGAAUCGAUGUAAAUCACGACCCCGACUAUUCGUUCCUUCUUCCUCCAUUGAAACGCGAACCAACGCGAACCAACGCGAGAGUUUUUCCAAACAGCAUUUCGUCUUUAAGCGAAUUUCGAAAGAAUCGGGAAUCGAAUAAUCUCCGCCAGCUUCUUUAGCCUAAUCGAAACGUUUUACAGUCCUGGGAAAAGUUUGCUAACCCGCGCUGAGAAUAUUAGUCGCGUAACGGGAUAACAUUCGUUGCCAAAAAUCGUUGCUCAACAAAGCGCGGCGAACGGACGUAUGCGACUAUGAUGAAUUGUUCGCGCUUGUCGUCGGAUUCCUCUGCUGGAAUACGAAAACGGUUGUCGGACUAUUAGAACGAACGGUCGCCUGGCCGGACGGUUCAUCCAACUUCGCUGUCUAUCGUUAAGAGCGGAUAAACGGUUGCGAGUAGAAAAUUUGUCGAGACUAUGCAUUUAAGAUCGGAGCUUCCAUCGGGAAGCGGGACGCAUCGACGGCGAGUCAAACGGAGCGAGAGCGAACAAUUUCAUUUCUUAUCGGUUUGCGAACCGGAGUGCCGGAGUACGGGAGCACCGUACUACCGGAGUUCGGUCAUUGUUGCUCUGUUUCGCACACUCUUCGUACCUCUGUGUACUUUCUUCCUGGUCGCGUUCUAUAGUUUCCUAAAGACGGAUAACGAACUUCGCAGGAAGACCCGGCGAAAUUCUCGAGCAAUCUUCUCGGCUUCGCAUAGUAAAUACUCGCGCAGUCGCUCGCAUCGGAAGUCGUCACGGUGCUCUAUGGAAAGCGCGGACUUGCAACGCGGCGAUAGCAUCGAUCGAAGAGCGUUCGCGUACUUUUUAUUCGAACGCACGCAGCGUCGUCCACCGGUAAUUAUCGAACGCUUUGCGAAAAUUGGCCGAGAGCUUGCAUCGGUAAAUCUUUCAACGAUAGUCUCUCGUUCGUUCAACGCUCGACUGGUGCGACGUUUUUUUAUCGUAACAGUUAACGUACCGGAGUCGCGAUAGAAAAGAUGCGUCGAUCUAACGUUGAACGAGCGACUGGUCUUUUUCAAAAUAAAAUUCGUUUUACCGGUCUUGCUCGCUUUUUGGCGAAUGAAAUUUACGCCUUUGCGAGCGCGAUUCGCUCGUUCGUAAUUGUACGUAACAAAAUUGUAAAAUCGAACGACAUUUUAUACGUAAAAAAAGAAGAUUUUGAACGUUCUUUCCGGCACGCGUGUCGCACGUGUCUACAUUUUUAAUCUUAUUCGCGCAGAACCAUCUGGUCGCCCAUAAAACCUCGAUGCUGAAAAUUAAACGCGAUCAGCACUUUCCAUAUAAUAUCGUUUUACUACCGCAGAAUCUCGUAAACCGAGACACUUAGCUAACCGUAUCUAGAAUUUGCACACGGCUGACCGGAAAUCAUUUAUAUCCCCCGACACUUUGGUAUUUUCCUUCGGAUUUUUAAUAAACAGAGAAAGCCACGGAGUUCUCAUUUUUCGAAAAUAUUUUUACCAUACGUUUCCAUCGGUUUUUACCGAAACAUCGAGACAACAAUUUUUUUUUAAUAAACGAAGAAUCGCGUGGACGCGCAA